AUGUGCAAAGAAAAGGGAACUUGUGUGGCAACGGAUAAAUGGACACAUGAAAUAGUGGAGCUUUUGAUCACUGAUGUUUCUUACGUCGAGGAAGAUGCAUUAUCUAUUACUAAUAACAGUGAAAGAAGGAAACACUUUAUUCCUCUGGUAAAAGGUAAGUGGAGGGCUAUUUCGAACACCAUGGUUGAAAGAGGUUAUAUUGUGUCACCUCAACAAUGUGAGGACAAAUUCAAUAUUCUCAACAAGAAGCAUAAGAGACUUAAUGAAAUGCUAGGGAGAAAAAAUGCGUGUGAAGUUGUUGAAAACCAUGUUGUUAUGGAAAGGAUGAAUAUUUCUAAUGAAAUGAAAGGGGAGCUAAGAAGAUUUUAA